AUAUGGUUCACAGGUAACACUUCGGUGCAGUGUCACAUACGAAACGAAGUUUGGACCUGUACGUGUAUAUUGGAAUAAAUAUAACAGCAUUGGCGAAGGCAGCAUGGGCAUUUAUGUUCAUCCUGCUUUGUAUGAAUUUGAACAUUUUACCAUGAACAGACUGUCUGUUGCAAUUCCUGAAAAGAACGGGUUUGUUAUGGAUCACCAUUAUUUGACAAUACAACGACUUACAUUUAAAGAUGAUGCUUGGUACUAUUGUAUGGCGCACACUAAUUUCUCGGUGGGAAGUAGCCCACCAAUUGACCUAACAAUCAUUGCAAAUCCAAAAUAUCCUGUUGUAAACAUUGAAUCAAACCGGUAUGUGGUGACAUAUGGCAGUUCACUCACCAUCAACUGUUCAGUUCGUUCAUCUGAACAGGAUCCCGUAAAUGAGAUAUAUUGGAAGUACAAUAAUAAGGGAAUCAUAACAAAGAUUUCCGAAAAGACGGACGGGAUAUCAGGAAGUUCCAUUAGAACGCCAUCACUCACCAUUUUGAAAAUGACAUCGUCUGAAUCUGGAAUCUACACCUGUUAUGCUAGAAAUGAUAUUGGAACAGGAGAAAGUCGACCAAUAAAUGUAAUUGUUACUGGAGAUGUACCAACUGUUUAUGUUAAAGGUAUUCAAUUAAGUACGGGGAAAACGUAACAAUUGCCUGCAAUAUAACUUCUAACCCACCUAUCACAAAUGUUUACUGGGAGAGAGAAUUUAAUGGUACGAAAAAUGUGAUUAAUAGUUGGACAGCUGGCGUGCAAGGAGUUUCAUUAGAUGCACCAUCGCUGACUAUAGUAAAAACCACUACAUCAAAU